AAAACCAACGGGCCGGGCCGCAUGACGUAUUUCGUGCGGCGCUCGCAACAGAUGAAUGCCGUUAUUCUUCAAUCCCGCCCGCUCUUCGCGGCACCGCCGAGCAUGCUUCGCCCUCUACAGGUCCCUCAUCCGCCAGGGCCUGCGCGUGCCCCUGCCAGGUGAAUUGUCGACCGCCUCCCCGCUGGGCCCGACAAACCCGAUCAAGACGCUCAUCCGCAACGGCUUCCGCCGCAACAAGCGCGACACGUCGCCCCGCCUGAUCGUCUCGGCCCUCAAGAAUGGCUACCGCUACCUGACCCUCCUCUCCCGCGCCGCCGACCCAUCGGCGCCGGAACAUACCUCCGUCCUCGGCUUCCUCCGCGAAAACCAGGCCCGCGUGCUGGUCAUCCGCGAGAAAGCCGCCGCCGAGGCGUCCAAGCGCAUCUCCACCGCGCCGAUCGAGGGGCGGCCGACGCUGAUCAAGAAAAUAUCGGCCGACGGCGAGCCGCCUGUCUACGCCCCCGCGGCCCCGCCCCGCCCGCUCUCGUCCUUUCCGAGCGGAGUCCGGAAACCGCCGACGCUUGGCGCUACGAUGGGCGUGCCGUUCCUGCGGCUCAAGAAACCGCAGCCGCGCUUCCUGGAGCGGGUGCUCCGGCAAAAGUCUCAGCGGAAGGAAAAGAGGAUCGCCAAGAUCAUGGAGAUGCAGGGCGAGGGCUUGGACGCCGCCGUGGCGGAGGAUCAGUGGGAGGAGCUGGUCGCGGAAAUGCUGGCUCGAAAAGGCGGGAGGGGCGCCGAGGCAGUAAAAAAGGGCGGGCGGAGGGACAAGUCGACCUACAGGCAGACGCUGUGGGACGCGGUCGUCAACCAAAUGCAGGUCUCAGAGAGCGAGAGGCAGGACCUCGUUGCCAGAGCGAAUGCCAUGUGGCAGAUCGUCCUGGCGGAGCAGGACAUGGCGCUGAAGGAGGAGAAGGAGCGACUUGCGAAGGAGGGGAAGGACCCCGAGGAGGCUCAGCUGAGGGUGUGGGCGCGGCCUGUCUGGGCCCGACGGAAGCGGAAACCUACGAAGUCAACGGACCAGCAGAAAGAACAGGGUGGCGUCGGCGGCGAAACCGGUGAAGCCGAAGAGUCUGAGGAAACACACACUCCAAAGACAGCUUAGGCUGUAACCCAAAGUGUUGGGGUUAGACAGAGGACGGUGACUGCUUGAUAACGUCAAGCCGCAACCAUCGACCGAGGCCAUAAUGCUGCUGGCUAUCAAGACUGUCAAGGAAGAGAUUCCCCUCAGACUCACCGCCAAUAGACGGGUUCGCAGGCCUGCACACGCCCCGUACGUACUGAUCGUGUAGCAUGAUCACCCUGGGCAAGGACUCUGCCCUGUUGUGUAAAACAUAUA